UGUAAGACUAGUUUUACAAAAUGAGAUGUAUAUAACACCCCAACUACCACCUAUGAAACCCCACAACAAAACAAAUCAAAAACGAUGUCGUUGAUAACCGAAGAAAUCAAAUCGAAAUCAGAGGUAUACCAUGGAGACAAAAUCUGUCAACAGAAAUCCAAAGAGUUUCUUCGAGAUUUUGCUCUCCCCAACGGUCUAUUACCAUUGAAAGACAUCACCGAAGUUGGUUGCAACAAGGAAACCGGUUUCGUUUGGCUGAAACAGAAGAAAAGCACAACACACAAAUUUGAAAAGAUUGGGAAAGUUACAUCUUAUGCCACUGAAGUCACAGCUCAUGUUGAGAAAGGUAAGAUUAAGAAACUGACUGGUGUUAAAACCAAAGAGCUUUUCAUUUGGAUUACACUUAGUGAUAUUUAUGUUGGCGAUCCACCCACCGGUAGAAUCACUUUCCAAACUCCUGCUGGACUUUCUAGAACCUUCCCAGUUUCUGCUUUUGAAGUUGAUGAGAAAUCAACUGGUGUGAAAGAGAUCUAGUUUUAGAUCUCUGUUGAAAUUUCAAUGGAGCCUUAUUAGUGUUAUUAAAGUGGUGUACUAUUAAACAUCUCUAUUGUUGUUUUCCAGUUGAAAUUUAAAUGAAAUUAAUUCUAUGUUAUUUUA